UGCCAUAAAAAGAGGUAAAAAAGAGGUUUUUUCAUAUAGCCUGAUCGCAGAGGCACAAUCUUGAUACUUUGACAGUGAGCGAAUUGUCAAAAACUCUGAGAAGGAAGCAGAGAAGUAUUUCAAGUAAUAGAUCAAACACACAAGACCGUGUUUGACCACAUUUCCAAACAGCGAGAAGACAGUGAAAAAUAAGACGCGUAGUGGAGAAUUUUUGACGAAAUUCGUGGUGUUUGGUAAUGUGGUCAAACACAGUGUUGAGUGUUCGAUACUAAAACCAAGGAGAAAACAGAGAAAUGGAAUCGUAAAAAUCUAUGCUAAUUAAGAUCUGAUAUCCAUGCCAAACACCCGUCACAGUCAUGACGAAUUAUUAAUGAGCUUAAAUCCUUUAGUUAUUUAUAUACGUCAUUUUCUGAGGCACAAUUUGAUUUCUUAUCACAUGGUCAAAUUUUCACGGUCAGUUGAUCUAAAACCGCGUUAAAAAUGUUAUCGCUUCUCUUGAUAAUUAUGUUUCUAAACAUAGCUUUAAAACUUUCUUUUUUUCUUGACUAGCAUUGAAUAGUAUUUCCGACAAAUGUAUGCUUCAUUGUAAUUUUUGGAUUAAAAAUCGCGAGCAGCUCGUGCGCGCAAAUCGCCCCGCAAGAAAUUAUUACUCGGGUGGAUUUUAACAAGUGACGUCACAGAACUUAACAUGGCUUCUUUUGUGGCCAGAACACAGAUGUUCAAAUAGCCACUAAGCUUGAUAAAAACCGCUAUAAAUGAUCUUUUAAUCCCGCGAUCCACUGGAUAAACAAAGCCAGUUUAAAUUGCAAAAAGAAGCUUUGGUUUCUCAUUAAACUUUCAAGUACAUCAUUUAUUCUUAGUAGCUCGAUUCUUAAACUGAAAGUGUGUCUUUCAAUUGGGUUUUUGGACUGCACUUUGAUUUUCCCGAUGUGAUUGUUUCGCGAAUUGUUGCAUUCAGUUUUUUCUUCGUGAAAGGAAGGAAAUUGCUUUCCUAAGCGUACACCUGUUUCUCUGGAGUACGUUCAAGUUGGCAGUGCGUGGGGAGCAUACUUCGCACCUUUGACACACUGCGAGCAGCGGGUCACAGGCUAUAAAAACCGCGGGAUUGAAUCAACGCCCAGACCCAUUUGAGAUCCAUUGAUAGUAAAGCAGACUUCUGGACACAAGGAAAGCUAAUAUCAAAAGAGUGAAUCGUACACAGAAGAACCCUUGGUGGUCAGCUGGAACAAGCUUAUCGCACAGACAAGCGGGAAAAUAAGUAUCUGAAGAAGUUAUAUCAAAUUCGUUCGUACUAUUCAGCGCUGACACAGCCUUUUACAAGAUGUCAAAAAAUAGAAUAAUUCUAUGGACGGCUCCCCGUUGCGUCUCGACGGCGUUUGAGAGAUCGAUCAUGACUCUCAAGAACUCGAAAAUCUUUCACGAACCGUACUCAAAAGCGUACUACUUUGGCCCAGAGAAGCAAAGUCCAAGAUACGCCUCACAAGAGACCAAUCAUCAAGCUACAUACCGUUCCAUUAGCAAAAUGCUUCAAAAAGAGUACGAUGGCAGAGAUUUCUUGUUCUCAAAGGAGAUGGCUUACUGCGUGGAAAACAAGAUGCAUAUUUUCACUGAAGAGGGUUUUAAAAACUUUCAGCACUCCUUCCUGAUCCGCCAUCCUCUAAAAGCAGUUUACUCGCUCUUCAAGGCCUCCACGAAUCCGAAGCUUACGGGAUGGGAUUACUUCGAUCCCGCGGAAGCGGGAUUUCGCCAGAUGUUGGAAUUGUACGAGUUCGUCGACAGAAAUAUCCACAGAAAUCCCGUUGUCGUCGAUGCAGACGAUCUUCUGGAUUAUCCAAACGAAAUCCUGCAGAGUUACUGUGAAGCAGUGGGUCUGGAGUAUGAAGAGAACAUGACUUCGUGGGAGCCGGGUCCUGUACCGGAGUGGGACACCUGGGCUGGGUGGCACGAGGAUGCCCUGAAGAGUUCAGGAUUCAAACCAAGAGUGAAGAAGAACAGGUCCCGAGCCUGCACGGCGUUUGACGUGGAAGAUCUGCCGCCUGAAGUAGCAGCUGUUGUAGAAGAGUGUAUGCCACACUACGAGGCGCUGGCCGCGAAAAAGACCUUGCCAAAAAACAUUGAACUAUGCUAAGUAAGUUUAAGAGGUAUAGUCCUGAUAUACUAUAAAAAUAACCACUAUUUAUGUCACGUAGAAGAUUGAAUUUAUAGGGUAUUUAUUUUUAUAUUUAAAAUACACUCUGAUAUAUUAUAGAUCUGUUCCGUUUUUUAUUAGUUUUUUUAUAUUUACCAAAAGGACUUAGGGCUCAGGUUAGCCCAGGUUGAGUCACACUUUAUUCAAUAUUUGAAACGGGUUAGAGAAAGUUUACUUUCAGAACUUUACGAUGAUGUAUUUUAGAUUUCACUUUGUAAUCUCAAAACCACUCUGUGAAGACUGUAAACGCUAACAACUGGCGGCCAAAGGAUUAGUAACAGUAUCGGAUAACUUCUGAUCGUAAAUUUGCUUAUGGUGCCUGUCGGCAGUUCUCGUAAAAAUGCAAACUCUAUACAAUUUUCUGUUUAGAUAAUGUAGCUAUCCUGCUUGAAUUUUUUAUCAGUAAAAUAAUAUUCAGAAUAUAGAGGACAGUGAGUCGUACUCAGAUCGCACUGUGUUUGACGCUGUAAAGUGGGAGAUCUGGGUUCGGAAUUAGCACAAAACUCUUACAGUUCAAUCCCUGGUGGAUUGAGUUAAUCAACAUAAACGUAUAAGUUAUAAUAAAUUUACAUAACACCACAAAUUUUGGGACAUGUUUUUUUCAAACUCAUUAAUAUGUCAUCAAGUUCAAACAAUGCAAAUCAAGACCGUCACGGUGUUUGGAUAUCUUAUCUUAAUUAGCAUAGAUUUUUACUAUCUUUUUUCUCCAUUUUCUCCUUGAAUUUUAGUUUCGAUUGAGAAGAUAUACCAAAAAGAAAUACCGUGUUUGACCAAAAUUCCAAACACCUCGAGGUUCUUCAUAAAUUAAAUAUUCCGCUGCGCGUCGUGUUUGGAAAGUGGUCAAACGCGGUAUUUCGUGUUUGAUAUAUUACCACAUAUUACGUCAAGGAGUCAAAAAUAAGUGACUGCAUCUCGUAUGACUAGAAAAGUUAAGUUCUAAAGAGCAGAACUAGUGGAAACACGCCUUGCAACUAACCCAUAAAAGGGAAAUCCCUGAUAUACUCAUUAAAAAUUAAUUUGUUUGGUCCGAGCAAUAAUUCAUCAGUCAUUUUCUUAUCUGAAAACCUUGUAACUGUGAUCAACGAUCGCCUUUUGGUGUCCUGAAUUUUAUUUCUUUUAUAAAAUGAUAAAUUUAAGCGAGAAAAGAGCGAAGAAAAUAUUGAACAAUCGUGUUAACGCGUCAGCUGGUAUUGAUGAACAACGAAAGACAAACACAAUAAAAUAAAAUCUCUCAUGGCCAGUUGAUAUUUGUAGGGAGGUGUUGGGGAAACGUUCAAAUUAAUGUGUUCUUAAACUUCAAACAUACUCUACUGUUUCAUCGGUCAAUUUUCUAGCUCCGCCUAGAAUCAUUUCACUAUACCACAUUAGGCACAUACUCGCCGGGACCAAUACUGCCUUGCAUUCUGCGCGCACCGCAUCGCUAGCCGAUAUGUCGCUUUCCCAAACCAAAAAUUUUGUUAUGUCGCUUAAAAGUCGCUCUACUUUGCUUUCAAAAAUGGUGGCAUACCAAUCGCGCAACGUAAGUGCCAUGUGAUUUUCGGCCUGGUUGCCAUCUUGGAUGCAGCGCCUCGGCUGCACCUCAAUGCAAUUCGAUAUGGCGGGAAACGCACGAGCGCAGCACGGGAUACUUGAUACGGGAUACUAUUUCCCGCGCAACGUGGCAAUGGUGGUCACCUUGAGCCUGGUUUUCACAACAACGGUAAGCACAAGCAUAAGGAUAACAGUAGUGAGGACACCCACAACACAAUCAUAAGCACAAGCAGAACAAAGUAUUGAUUCUUGUUGUGCUUUUACAUAUGUCAAGUGGGAACGCGCUGCUGUAAGCAUAAACAUAAGAGUCAGUCUGCCAUCUUUUUUACUGUUUUGAGGAGGUUGGAGGCUAAAAUAAGGCAACUAUCCAUUCUGCGCAUGCCUUUAUACUUAUGAUUGUGUUGUAUGCAUCCUCGCUACCGUAACGCUUACGUUCGUGCUUGUGCUUAUGUCGUUGUGACAAAGAGGCUAACAAGAGGCGGCUGAUGACGUAAGGUAGCUAAGCCAAAAACGCCAUAAAAAUACGAGAAAUCAUGUGUCUUUAUUAUUUCUUACAACCUGAACAAAUUAAAUCUUUUUAUCCUAAGUUUUACUUAGUCUUAUUUAUGUAUUAUUAACAUCCGGGAAUGACGGUCAAAAUGAUCAAAUGACCGCAUGACAGCGAGGCCACAAUCGACCUCACAGAAAAGCCCAGCUGAGAAUGUCAACAUUAGACUGACGGGACUGUAACCUUGGACAAUGAGUUCUGGAUACUUAACAAGUUGAACAUGUCAUUCAAUGCUGUAAAAGAGCAGUGGCAUUAGUUCACGAGUUACUAAUCAUCGAUUUAUUCAUGUCCCCAACCUCACUGUCCAAGACUUGUAAAUGAGAUACCUCGUACUUAGGCCAGGCAGUUCACCAAACCAUACAUAAUCAUGACCAUCAAACCCAACCUGAAACGUUUAAUCUUAAAUACUUAGUCAUACAGUUAAUAUUUAUCUCAUUUUUUUAUUCUUAAAAUUAUAGAAACAAGAAGUACGAGCUAUUUCAUUUAGCCCCACAAUCACUGCAUGUAAGUCUCCCUCAAUUAUCUCAGAACUGGUGCUUCAAUCAGUUCUUGCUGAAAUCCAUAACUUUUUUUUCUAUAAUAUU